AUGGAGAGUAAGAGGAGAAGAAAAAAACUUGAAAGUGAAAAGAGAGGGAGUGAAAAAAACAAGAACCAACAAGCAGUCCUCCACCAGAACAAAGCGGAGAAUGCAAAAAUCGAUAAAAGACCGACGGAGAUGAAGACUGACUCGAGGUAUGUUAAUAACCGACCGAAGAGGAAUACCAUCACUACCGACACUCAACUCAUCCCUACAAACACGAAUACACAUGGAAUUCCCACUUCUGGUUAUACACCUGGUAAGGAUGCUAAUAAGGACAACCGGUACAACGAAGGUGGGACUAAAAAUGUUCCGGGUGAUAAUCACGGUGUAAAGUUCUUGAAAAGUUUUGUGGUUAAUAACGCGGUGACUAUUAAAUCCUGCAAGUACAUGCUGGCCGUCAAGCAGAAAAUAUAUGGAGUGUUUCAUGUUGCUCUUAAGUUCCGUACGACAUUCCCAUCUGUAGUCCUGAUGACGAGCGUCGGUGGUCCGUUAAACCGGGAUUUCUUGCACUUGGAGCUUUUAAACGGUCACGUGAGGUACAGUUAUGACGUAGGCAGUGGUCCCAGGGUUCGAGUCUUCCGGCGAAAUCUCACCACCCAUUGGCUGAUUGUCGAUGACGUCAUACGUCUGCAUGACAACUUACCCGCUAUAAAAUCCGUCUACUACGAUCUAGCCAACGAUUGGUUAUUUUUUGGUGGGGCCCCAAACAGCGGACCAAUCAGAAACGGCGAUGGCCUCAAAUAUCAAAAUAAUUUUUACUCUAGUGGAAAAAAUUACAAAUAUGCAAAUUAUUAUAAUGAGGGUGCCGGUUGUGGGGGUAGAGGAUUUUUGGGUUGUUUGGGGGAUAUAUCCGUAAACGGGGCAUCAAUGAGAAAAGUGCAGAAAGAGAAGAAGAUUGUGUUCGCCACGAAGAAAAAAAUGAUCAGGAUGAUUGAGAACGAUGAUGAUGAUGAUGAUGGCGUGAAAGAUGAUGAUGAUGAUGGCGGUGAUGGUGGGAAAGGUAUCAGUGAUUACGAUGGAAAUGAUGAUGAAGAUGAUGACGAAGAUAAUGUUGAAGAUGAGGAGGAAGAUGAUGAUGAGGAGGAGGAGGAAAUAGCUGAAGGAUGUCAAGAAACAUCUGAAUUGAGAUUAUUAGAUUUCAAAGAAAUGAAACUGAAUUAA